GACUGGGUGUAGGUGUGUGUGAGAGAUCACCUGAGCUGUGUAGUCAGGCAUCACCUGGUGUGCUCUCCAAGGUUGCUGGUUCUCUGUUCUUCUUGCCACGAACUCCUCCAGCUGGUGUCUUGUCCUGAUUCGCAGCUCCACCUUCAUUUUUAAACCUCUCUUUUGUGUUUCAGAUGUAUCGCUGUAUUCUUCCACAACACCUGAGAAGACAUCCACAGAGUCAUGUGAGAAACUGCACUUUACACUUUGCUGGAGGAAACUGUAGCAGCAGCACGAGCAUCAGACCCACGAGAUCAGACUUAAAGGGAUAACACGACCACAGUAGGAAGGAACCACAUCAGUGUGCUGUGAACCAACUCACUCAACAGUUCACCCCAUAAAAUAAUUUAAAAAGGCUGAGAGCAGAACUGAGCUGUAGGGGUCCUGUGAUGUGUUCAGGUGCUCUUUUAUUGUUUAAAAUGUUAACCAGGUGGUUAACGUUCACAGCCUUCCUUGCCGUCCCAGCCAAUCCAGGAAGAGGAGCUACCGGCCAGGGCACUAUGACUGUGGCACCCACCUGCCGGGUCAAAGGUCAUCUAGAGGUGGAGCUGACUUUACACUGUGGAGAUGGAAAGGAUUUAGGUGUGGUCCAGUACUGGCACACUCCCUUUGGAGACCUCCACACUCCUGGUUCCCACAGUAAACUGGACCCCGUCGUCAUGCACCAUGAUGGGAGCCUGCUGGUCCCCAACACCAGUGCUCUCCACAGUGGCCUGUACUACUGCCUCCUGCAGCACACAGAGGGAACUACACUGUGGCCAUACGAACUCCACGUCGGUCACGAUGGUCAAAACCUUCAGGAACUGGGAGAAUACGAGCGAAGCAGCCACUGUGCUGCAUUCAGGUUCAGGAGGGAUGCUGGGUCUGAGGCAGCGAAGCAGGCGGGUGUUUCAGCUGAGCUGUUUGCAGGAGCUGUGGCUGCAUCAGUACUGCUGACCUUUGUGUUGGGAUUCAGCAUUGGAGCUUUGAGCAGGACUCGUGUUUUCAGGUGUUUAGGGGCAGUCAGGGCAAAGCUGCGGUCACCAAAAAGAGGACGAAAGCGCCAAAGCGACACAACUGACCACCGCCCCGAGGUCAGCAUGACAACCCUGCCGCCCACGAACGAGAACCCGGCCUCUGAAAACGACCAGGUGGUGCACAACAACUCUGCGACUAACCUGUCUCCUCCUGCCAAACCUCAGAGAAGCUUCCGGCACAAACGAGAGGAAGACGAGCCACCGGAGACCACUGCAUAUCUGGAAGGAUGUGACUACAAGGAGGAGAAAGAGAGCCGGUCUGGUCGCUUGUAUCUGAUAGGAGAGGAUGGAGAGAGUCAAAGUGAAACAGAUGAGGACGAGGAGGACAAACAUGGAAGCAAGAGCAGGGAGAAGAUGGGUAUGGUGCAGGAGGAAGAGGAAGCGGUGGCAGGUGAGGAGAAAGAUGGAGAGACGGAGAUUUCCAGAGAUUCUGAAAAGUCAUCUUUUGAAAGUGAAGACAAGGACACAGGAGGCAAAACCCAGGAGGUGACCAAUCAAGGAGCGCUGCCGCCCUCCCCACCACGCCCAGCCCGCCGCAGCCGCGUCAUCCGCCUGUACCAGUACGACGAGGACGGCCAGCGAUACGGCCACCUUCCGGACCCUGGCCCUGACGCUCCUCUCCCCGCCCCCAGAUUCAAACAGCGCUCUGUCUCUCUGACGCGCCUCUCCGCCAUCAUGGCUGCAGCCUCAACAGGGCCACUGGACCAGAGACAACAGGAAGAAGGAUAGUGAGCAGAUGCCAAACUUCCACAUGGACAUUUGAUAGAUGCUACAGAGAGUGGACAAAAUAAUGACAACACCAAGGCUCAAGUCGAGUCCACGUUUAGCGCCACAAACCGAGCCUGUGUUACGCUUUACUGCUACUCCUCAGGACAAUAAAGGACAAAGUCUCACACAUUCAAGUUUCCAAAGUAAAAUGAUUAGGGGGCAUACCAUAUAAUGCACGAGUGGGGAGUCCAUUCUUCAAAAGUUAAAUGCUUUCUUUGGCACAGAUGUUCAGUGCAUAUUAUUAUUAUUUGUCAUAAGUUAUAUUUGCAGUAAUUUUCACUCAUGCUUACUUGCAGAUCUGAGUUGCACUGAUUUGAUUAUCUCAGGAAAUCUGCAAAAAUGUACAAAAUAAAAGGACUUUCAUGUUUUGUUAUGCUGUAAACACCUGAAUGAAGCAGAACAGCCAUCGCCCAGUGGCUGAACUGAAAUGAUGCACACUUGUACCUGAUAUGUUAGGUGUGGAAUCAAUCUAUACAUACCCUUAGACUGGACACUGUAUUUUUAUGGGGUCUGACGGGUGAAUCUGCACAUGCACUUUUUAUAUCUGGAAAUCAAUUCUGCAUAAAUUAAAAAAGCUAAAGACGAAGCAUCAUCAAAGUAA